ACCAGGUGACAUAUGUUUAAAAAGGGUUUAAAAGUUUGACGCAGUUGGAGUAGACAGUACAGGACGAGCGCGUCUGUGGACCUCUGUGAGCAUUUGAGCAGAAAAGCCAGCAAUGAAUAAUUCAACGGUCUGUUUGGCCAAUGCAACAGUUUGCGAUGGCGCGUCCUGUGUGGUGCCAGAGAGCGAUUUCAACACCACUCUAAGUGUCGUCCUGAGCACGGUCUUAACCAUCCUAUUGUCGCUGGUGAUGUUCUCCAUGGGAUGCAAUGUGGAAAUCAAGAAAUUCCUAGGGCACAUAAAGCAUCCGUGGGGCAUAUGUAUUGGCUUCCUCUGUCAGUUUGGAAUCAUGCCCCUCACAGGAUUCGUCCUCUCAGUGACUUUUGACAUCCUCCCCAUCCAAGCCGUAGUGGUGCUCAUCAUGGGAUGCUGUCCGGGAGGAACCACCUCCAACAUCUUGGCCUAUUGGGCUGAUGGCGACAUGGACCUGAGCAUCAGCAUGACCACGUGCUCCACGCUGCUUGCCCUGGGGAUGAUGCCGCUGUGCCUCUUAAUCUAUACCAAAAUGUGGGUCGACUCUGGGAUAAUCUUAAUUCCCUAUGAUAAAAUAGGUAUAUCUUUGGUGACUCUUGUUGUUCCUGUUUCCAUUGGAAUGUUUGUUAAUCACAGAUGGCCCCGAAAAGCCAAGAUCAUACUUAAGAUCGGGUCCAUCACAGGCGCCCUGCUGAUUGUGCUCAUAGCUGUGGUCGGAGGAGUACUGUACCAGAGUGCCUGGAUCAUCGAGCCCAAACUCUGGGUGAUAGGAACCAUAUUUCCCUUGGCCGGUUACUCCCUAGGGUUUUUUCUGGCCAGACUAGCUGGUCAGUCCUGGCACAGGUGCCGAACAGUUGCCUUGGAAACAGGGAUGCAGAACACGCAGCUGUGCUCCACCAUCGUCCAGCUCUCCUUCACUACCGAGGAGCUCAACCUCAUAUUCACCUUCCCACUCAUCUACAGCAUCUUCCAGAUCAUCAUGGCAGCAGCACUCUUAGCACUCUAUGUAGCAUACAAGAAAUACUACAGAAAAAACAAUAAGGAACUUCCAGAGGGCAAAGGCAGUGAACCAGACCCUGAGGCAUCAUUCCAAAAGGCGAAUGAAGGAUUUCAGCCAGAUGAAAAGCACACACCAGUGGACCAAAAAGAAAAAUUCUAA